AUGGCAACAACGAGUAAGCUGUCAUUUCGGGCAAGAAAUUUGGAUGCGACGAAAUCAAUGCCCGUAUAUUGCGCUGAUGAAUUACCCGACCUGGCUGAAUGUACACCGAUCAAUCGGGCAGUGGCACAAAUGCCAACGGGUAUGGAAAAAGAUGAAGAAAAUGAGUCUCAUUUGCAAGAGGCAAUCCUUGCGCAGCAGGCCAGUACAUCGGGUAUUGCUGUAGAAAAUCAUGUCAUACCAACGCCAAAAGUUUUUACUGUCGAUUGCGGAUACUAUGAUGCAUUAUAUCCAGUACAACCAGCACCAUCUAUCAAUCAGCUCAUCAAAGUACAAGCUUCAUUGUCGCUUGGAAACGAAGAGCCUGAUUAUGAUAUCGAUAGCGAGGAUGAAGCAUGGUUGGCUGAACGUGGGGGAUUUACUGCAGAGAGUGAUUUCGAAAAGAUGAUGGAAUUGCUGGAAGGUGCCAGCAGCGGUUUGCAAAUAUGUCAGCCUAACGAGGCGCGGUCUUUGCUCAAAGAUUUCGAAACAGAUCUCGUUGAUGAUGUUUAUGAUUACUGGUUACAAAAACGCAAGGAUGCAGCAGCAUCGCAUAAGAUUGCCUCAUUGAUACCACGGGUAAAAACGGAUACACGCCGAGAUGCUUCGGGUUCAGAUAUUGCUUAUGUUGCUUUUCGGCGGCGUUUGGAAAGAAUGCAGACUAGAAAAAAUCGUAAAAAUGAUGAAGAUUCAUAUGAAAAGAUACUGAAACUUGGCCACGAUCUGAGCAGGGUUGUCAUCCUCUUCGAUAUGCUUAGGCGAAGGGAACACACCAAACAGACUGUCAUAGGGCUAGAUGACAAAAUCUGCAAAUGUCGAUGGACUGUUUGUGACUUCAGUUGUGUUCUGUACAACCAUAUAUUGUCUAAAGUGAAAUUAGAACGAAAUGCGACGAUGAGUCCUACGGAGGAGUCGCAGGAUGAAUUGCCAAGUAGUAUAUCACCAACAAAAAUCAAAGGGCAGAAGCGGAAACGACAUUCCAGAACCUCAAUAGCUGACACGGAUAAAGAUCUAGUCAGUCGGGCGUGGUUGAAAAGAAACGCAGAGUUGUGGAAUAAGCCAGCAACUGCUGCGAAUGUACUGAAUGCCGGUGCAUCUCCAAGCACGGUUUCAACAGGUGAUGCGGAACGUAACGCAGAAGCAGCAUUGGAUGGCCGAUACACAUUUAAGAGACGACGUGGAUGCAUAUAUCGGUCCAGUUUAUUCUCGAAUCCACCGGAAGUUCCAAAGAUUAGUCCAGCAGAACGUUUCUAUCGAACAUUUAUGCCAUCUGCGAAUGGUGUACGUUGUAUUGGUUACGCAAGGCGAAGAAUGGGACGAGGCGGAAGAAUUAUAUUCGAUCGUGUUCUGCUUUCUGCUCCUUCAACGUCACAGUCCGCUCCGGAUCCACCUUUCAGUUCAGUCAUCGAUACCACAAAGAGUUAUCAAUGUAAACUGGUGGAUGUUGAUAAGUAUGAUGAUUCUUCGGAUUCUGAUGAGAAUCGUAAAAAUUGGAAUGAUGAAGAUGAGCGAGAAUACAGGAGGCAAGAAGAGCUUUAUGCGAGGCGAAUUUUUGACAUAUCUGAUACCAGUUCCACACAGAAACUUCAAAGUGGCGUGGGUCGAGAUGGUACGUCGUCACGAGGUACCGGUGAACAGGUAGUGGUGCUUGGUGAAGAUAACGACGGGUCAGCUUCGGGUAUUGGACAAAAUGUCAUGUCAGUCAAUGGUGUUCGGGAACCAGAUCGUCUGCGGGUUGUUAAUUUGCAACAAAAUGGGCCGCCAUUAAACGUUGGUGCAAGAUCGGUCAGUGACUGCGGCCUCCAGCCCGUUUUGCUGACUGCAUCUGUUGCUGGGAAAGUGGAAAAAGUGGCACCAUUACUGAAUGCAUCGUCUGUAAAUUAUCAACAAAAACGGGUACAUGAUCAUUCCUUACGCGUUUCGUCACAAAUGUCGUUAUCAUCCGAAACUAGCGAAUCAUCCCCGGUUUUUUACACGCAUCUCCCGCCACCGCUACCUCCAUCAACGAGGCUGCUGGCGACGGGAGAGCAGGCGGUACAUCGUCCUCCUCGAACGUUUGAAUUUGUCAACAGUUCUGGUAUGUUGAAUCAAGCUCAAACAUUGAUUGUAACUACGACGCAACCACCAAGGCAGGAUCAUCUGGAACGACAAAUUUUGGCUGUACCAUCUCAGGAAGUUAUCAUAAGUGGGCAAAAUAUUAGGGCACGAGCAGGUGGAAGGCGGAGGUCGUUUGCUUCUUCAAGCGUUUCACAGUUGUCAUCCCUUCCGCGCCCGGAAAUGAAUCUGCAGCGUUUAAAUACUUCUGGUUUUCAUGCAGAUAUCGUAGCGCAAGCUACGCAUUGCGUUGAUACUAAACGACUUGAACUCGCGAUAAAAGGUUCCGGAGCGCGCAUUAAGCCCUCCCCGAUGAUUGCUCAUUCGCUUUUACAAUCCUGUCCACCGGAAACAAAGACGCUUCGAGAUCUUUUAUUGGGAAGUGGGUUAUCGAAUACAAAAACAGCGUUAAGUAAUGCAGCGGUCAUGCCAGCGGUUACCAGAGCAUAUACUGUCCCACAAUAUGUACCUGUAGUUGGUGACACUCAUCGUUAUGUACCAUUCACUAAUGUGGUUACGACUACUUCUUAUUAUGUGCCAGUAACAGAUGUUUCCUCACCGGGCAGCGAAAGCAUGUCACCACCAACACCGCAUGCUAUGUCACCGGCAGUACAGAAUCAGUCAGCACGGAAUUAUUUCGGAGUGACUGAGCCAAAAAUCCAAACACCUGUUGCGGUAGUGAGCGCUCGACCACCUCUGAAUGGAACUCAGGUUGAUGCAAGACCGUUUCUGACGAGAAAAAGAGAUCUUACAGGUGGCGGCAGUACAAUAAACAAAACAAAUGGUGGCAGUCGCGAACGUGAAACCUUCAGUUCUCCGCAGGUCGGAAUUGAGUUGCAAUCACACCAGGCUAAAUGCCGUGUUGGUAGUGCUUCAUCGCCUUUAAAUGCAAUGUUAGCUGCCGAAAAACCUGCUGAGGGAAAUGCUGUUAACCGAAACGGAGGAAAUUCAGCAGCUACCGCUGCAACGACACCUGCAGUUGUUGCGGAAAAAAUGUACCCAGAAUCAACGGAGGCUGGAGAAAAUACUUUAAGCAACAAAGUUACGAAUAACCACCGUGAUAUUGCUGCAUGUCAUGGAAUGGUCAAUUAUGUCAUUAAUUGA